GGAAAAGGAUAAGGAGAAAAAUCUAGAGGAAAAUAUGAGAAAUGUGAAGAAAUGCAUGGAGCAUAGAGACUUGAUCAACAUUUUUCCGAUGAACAAACAUGAGGAUUUAGACAUUGCCAUUCUGACUGCUCUACUGAACUCUAAAGCAGGAGACACGUCAGACGAGAUUCGACAGAAUCAACUAAAGUUGGCCUUGACCUGGGACAGGGCUGACAUUGCUCAGGAGGAAAUCUUCAGGGAGGACGUACUGUGGCCAACUGGGAGUCUGGAUGACGUGUUAAUGGAAGCCAUUAUAGAGGAGAGGGUGGAGUUCGUGGCCCUGAUCUUACAGCAGAACGUGGUGAUGAAGGAGUUCCUGACCACAGAGAGGCUCCAGAAACUCUACGAAAUGUCUCUAGCAAGAACAGACAGCAUUCAUCUCCGGAAUCUGAUGGAUCGUAAGAUAAACACGAGAAGAUUUACCUACGAUAACCUGGCCCGGCUCAUGGAGUCACUGAUGGACAAAUACGACCACAGUAUUGAGGAGGACAACAUGAAAGAUACUAAUGGAGUGAAAUUUACACCGUUCAAGACGGCCGGACAGAGGCAGUUCAAAUGGCCAUAUAAACAGCUGAUGAUUUGGUCCAUACUCAUGUUGAGACAAAAAUUAGCCAAGUUUGCUUGGCAGAUGGGUAGUGAACCAGUGACAAGCGCCGUGGCAGCCUCCAAGAUUUACGGAAGCAUGGCAAAGCACAUCCACCAUAAUGAAUCUGCGCUAAAGGAAAAAAUCCUAGAGUACAAAGAUGAGUUUGAACUUCUAGCUAAGAGGGUCCUUGAUGAGUGCCAUUUAAAACACCCAGAAAAAGCCAUGAUGUUGGCCGAGAGGAAAUCGCCAACGUGGAGUUCAAUGACAAGUCUACAGAUCGCAGCUUCAGCCGUGAACAAGGCAUUCCUUUCGUCAGUGGCAUGUAAAAAUUCUAUUGAUCACACCUGGAACCGAGGCAUUCAAAUUCACCCCAUUCAGGUGCUAGUGACUGUGUUCUUCCCGUUCCUACUGUUCUCGCCAUUUUUGGAGGUGAAUGCGAUGGGAGAGAAGACCGCAAGAACAUUCCAGAAAAUCCUGACGUUUUACACAGCUCCCAUCACUAAGUUUUGCCAUUACUCAAUCAUGUACAUGUUUUUCGUGGCGCUGUUUACGUACUUUUUAUUGGUGGACUAUCAGAUUAAUUGUGCCACAUGCAUAGAAAUUGUAUGCAUGGUGUGGAUUUUCACAUUCCUUGUGGAUGAACUUUACACUCUUCUUGCUUUCCCGUCAUUAAAGUUUCAUGGCAAGAGAGGUGACUGGUACGCAAUCCUAAAGACAGUGGACAUAUUGAAUUUACUCCUGGCACUUGCGGCGUUUAUCAUCAAAAUCGAGGCCAAUUAUAAGAAAACUUGUGCUGACGAGGCCAAGGUGAUUUUGUCUGUGAACUGCAUUAUUUUCUAUCUACGCAUCAUGAAGCUGUACACAGCUAACAGCAGCCUAGGACCAAAGCUGGCCAUGAUUAAGAUGAUGUUUGAGGAAUUGUGUACGUUUCUCUUGCUUGUGAUGGUCUUUCUCUUGGCUUAUGGCGUCGCCAGCCAAUCACUGCUGUACAGACAGAAAAAUGUAUCAUGUAUAAAGGAUAUCAUUAUUCUUAUUAAAGACAUUGUGUUUUAUCCAUACUGGGAGCUAUAUGGAGAAUUGGAGUUUGACAAAUCUAUUGAAACUGAUUGUGACUGUUUGAGUAAAGUGAAUGCUACAACGUAUCAAUCUGAGAUGUUACGCUAUGUGGCAAAGUCGAAGUGUAAGCAGAAACAUUGGCUUGUUUACAUCCUUUGUGCUGUCUACCUCAUCAUGGGGAACGUCCUACUCUUUAAUCUUCUUAUUGCCAUCUUCAACCAUAUCUUCACCAAGGUUGAGGAGAAAUCUAACGAGAUUUGGAAGUUCCAGAUGUACUUCCUCACCAUGGAGUUUGACAAUAAGACGGCCUUGGUCCCUCCCCUCAGCAUUAUCCCUCACGUGUAUCUCUGUUUUAUGUGGUUGGCUAGAAAAACUUGCUGCCGAAAGAAAUUCAGUGGAAUACAGUUCACACAGAGACACCUGGAAUUUCUACAGCUCUUCGAGAAAGAGGAAAUGGCCAACUAUCUAAGACGUAUCAAAUCAGAGCAAAAAGGUUCAACAGAAUCCAAACUACAAAAGCGGGUAGAAGAACUGUUUAAAUUGGUAGAAGAGGAACUAGCUGCUGACCACGGAGGAGGUUCAUUUAACCAGACGUUAAGCGCCACACAGACGGUCAAACUGGCCCAUGAGAACACACCAGAGUCUUGUCCCCAGGAGCCCAGCGGUUGGCCUAGGACUGAGGCUGUCCUUGACUAUGCCAAAAUGCUGGAAGAGAAAGAAACAAAGGAGGUGUGGGAUGUUGUUGAUAAAGAUCAAGUGAAGAAAAGAAAGAAACAUAAAAAAGAAAAGAAGAAAAAGCAGAUGCAAGAGAUGGAAAAUAAUUUGUCUGAUGAUUCAUGUAGUGAUGAUGCUCAGCCCCAAGUUCUAGAUUCGUCUAUUAUAAUAAGUAUGCCCAGAAGAACACAGUCGUCCAACAUACAGGAGAGUGACUCCGAUUCUGACAGACCUAGAGGAAUGCGGUCAAAGAAAUCACUCCUCAGGGUGGAAAGCAGUACAGAGGAUGAAAGGCGAUCUAAAAAGAGGUUUUUUAAACGACGAAGAAGUCGGCAGAUGUCCGAUACAGAAUAAACAUUUUCUCUAAGUCUCCUGUGACUAUGAUUCCUUGUUUUUUUUUUUCAACUGUGAUUGAAAUAAGAAAAUUACUUGUAUAUUAAAUAUGAGAUUUACAAUAUUGCUAGAUUGGAUUAUUGCUUUGAUCGAUCGAGUUUUGAUUGUGCGUUACAACGUUAUUAGAAAAAGAUUUCUUAAAUUCUUUUUUCUGUGGAUUAAUUUCAACCUUUUUAUCGAGUGCAGUUUUUGAAAUUCUUUUUGCAAAUAAAACCAUUUGAGGUUUUCUUUUUAGUGUAGAAACUAAACAAUUUGUUAUUCUUAAGUAUUGUUUUAAACAAUGAAAUACUUACUGGUAACUUCAUGAACAAUGACUUUCGGAGUGUUAUGUUUUAAGAAUCAUCUUUAUGACAUUCAAGUAUUAAAACAAGGAAACAUCACUGUUUUUUAAUCAUCGAAACAGAAUUUUUUUCUAGAUUUCUAGAUUCUAUCAAUUACUUAAUGUUGUAUCUCUGAUAAAAAGUGCAUGCAACUCGCAUCAUCAAUUUGUGAUAUACAAUAUAUUUAUAAUCAUUCAUACCCUGCACACGGAAAAUCACUAUUUUGGGGGGGGGGGGGAGACUUUUUUCCCGUCAAGCCAUAACAAUCUGACUCCACACAAAAAUAAUUGAUUUUAUAGUAAUAUAACGCCUAAUUUACAAUGUAGAUAUUUAUAUGUAUAUCACCUUUCUUGGUUAUUUCAUGAUUUUUCCUGAAAAAUUAAGUAAAAUUCUACCAUUCUACCAUAUUAUGUUUAGACCUUUUUGCUAUCCACUAGUAUGCUUUCUUAUUGCAUAGACUUCUACAUGUAAAAGAAAUAUUCAUAUUGAUUAAUUUACAAGUAAUAUUUCAUGAAAACAUCUUUAAUUGCUCGACAUUUUUAAAAGUAUGAAUGCUUAACCUUGCAAUGUAUUUUGAUGUAUUGCGAUUUUUACCUGGCUAAAAUAACGUCAUUUAAUUCGAAUGGAAAUAUAUUUGUCUGUUUAAUCAAUUAUGUUUUUGCAUUUGUAUAUAUUCUGUACAUUUACAAUUGUUUUAUUUUCUUCUUUAAUGCAUGAGUUUUCUCAUAUAAUUCCGUCAACAAGUAGCUCUUACGAGGUUUGUAUCUGAUGAUAUUUAACCUGAUACAUGUAAAAGAACCCUGUAAUAGUCAAACUGCAGUUAUUGUAAAAGUAACCUGUCCAGUGUACAUAUAUAUAGCUUGCUCACUCCUCCAUGACACCUGACCCCCCCCCCUCUGAUGUUUCGGAGGUCCGUGUUUGCUCUGCUUCUAUUUUGUAUUGUUUUAUGGACCUUUGAUAUUUAAUACUGUUCAUUAUCUCCAUAUCGCUUCAUUUAUUACUGUAAUUAAAAGUUUUCCAAAAGCUUUAAUUUUUCCUACAUUUUUAAAACCUAAAAAACCAAUAACAAAUACUACCUGACCAGUAGUUUACUAGAUAGUAAGUCUAUUAUAUAUGUUUCUUGGUAAUUUUGAUCGAAAUCAGUAGUACAUGUACAUUUUUUUUGUUUAUAGAUUUAAAUAAGAAAUGUGAUUGGGUUCAAUUAAAGAGAAAUUAGUAUUAAAUUCAUGUUGUGCGUUGGAUAGCUUGACAAUUCAAUUUUAAUU